GAUUUGUAAUAAAUUCUUGAUAUCUGACAGAUUUUGUGCUGUGCUGGAAUAUGACCGAGGUCCAGAAAAGCUGCAAUGCAUUCGCAAGAGAUUUGUUCGAUGUGGUUACUAGGGACAGUUCCACAAAUAGAAAAGUCACCGGCGUUAAUGCAAUUAUCUCACCUGUCUCGAUACAAACAUCGCUGAUAUAUGCCUAUAUGGGAGCGGAUGGUUCGACGGCCGAGGAACUGCGUCACGGACUGAGGCUGGAAUCUGAUGAACGGGAGGAAAUUGCCAAAAGCUUUCAUGAAUUCUGGACAAAGCACUGCAGCUAUGGUGACAGGUUAACAUUAAGAUCCGUGAAUCGACUAUUUGUUAACCAAACGCUGACUUUGCAGUCCGAGUUCCGUAAACUUGCUGAGGAUUACUUCCUCACACAACCGGAGGCACUGAAAUUUUCCGAUGCCGUGGAGGCGACAAAUACAAUAAACGACUUGGUAAUGAAGGAUACGGAGAACAAGAUACAACAUUUAUUACAACCAGAUGCGGUGAAUGCGGAUACAAGUGCUGUUCUAGUGAAUGCCCUGUAUUUUAAGGGAAAGUUCAAGAAGCCCUUCACUCCCGAAUCAACAAUGUCUGAUGACUUCUAUGUGGACCAGGACAGGCACGUCGAGGUUGACAUGAUGUAUCAGGAAGACAAGUUUAAGUACAUUGAGCUGCCGGAAGUCGAUGCCAGAGCCGUUCAGCUGCCCUACGAGGACUCCAAUAUAUCCCUGCUCAUCAUACUCCCAAAUAAGACGACGGGUCUGCUUGACCUGGAGCGUAAUUUGAAGACGAUCGAUUUAGCAGACAUUGAAAGUAGAAUGACAAUGGAGGAUGUGGAAAUAGCCAUGCCCAGGUUUAGUCUAGAGUUUGAUUUGGAUCUAAGGGAGACACUGCAAGAGCUAGGCAUAUCGAAGUUAUUCGAUGAUUCUGCGGAUCUGAGUCGACUUUUUACAACGCCAACUGGACAGAAAAUUUCAGCUGCCAAACACCGUGGAUACAUUAAAGUCAAUGAGGCGGGAUCUGAAGCUGCGGCUGUUACCUUUAUGAAAAUGGUGCCCAUGAGUUUGAAUAUGCAGAAGAAAACCUUUAAGGUCGAUCAUCCCUUCAUUUUCUUCAUACACAACCCCAAAGCGGUUUUUUUCGCCGGUCGUUUUGUGGAGCCUCAAAAAAAUAAAAGUUCAACAUGUGACGAUGGUUUGAAAUCCAUCAGUGAAUCCAUGAGAGUUGAAAUGAGUCAAAUGUUUUCUCGAAAGUCAGAUUAAGUAAACAAUAAUAACAAUAUCAAU